AUGGCCUGGCAACCUGUGCCCGAGUCCCUGCGGACUCUGGCGACAUGCCUCAAGGACUCGCUCAGCGGCUUCGACAAGGCUGCCCAGAAGCAGGCCGAGAUUAUGCUCGGACAGGCCAAGUCCUCGCCAGAUAUCAACAACUAUCUUGCCUACCUCUUCUCGAGCGUUGACCCCCCCGAGGGUGUCUCUCUUUCCGCUUCGGAUUUCCAUGUCGUUCGAUCUGCUGCGGCCAUCAUGAUCAAGAACAACAUCAAGACGCACUACAAACAAAUACCGGAGCAGAGCCUGGCCUUGAUCAAGCUCGCCGUGCCCAUGGGCAUCCAAGACAAGAACGCGCAGAUUCGCAGCUAUGCCGGAAACAUCGCCACCGAGUUGUUGAGGAGGGGAGGUGUCUACAGCUGGCCGGAACUGCUGCAGGACCUCAUCAAGAUGAUUGGCAACGAAGGCGGCCAGUCCUCCACCGAAGCGCAGGAAGGCGCCAUGGCUGCCAUGGCAAAGAUCUGCGAGGACAACGUCAAGAUGUUGGAGCGGGAACACAACGGCCAGCGGCCUCUCAACUUCAUGCUGCCCAAGUUCAUCGAGGCGACAAAGAGCCCGCUGCCCAAGGUCCGCGCCCAGGCCCUGUCCGCCAUCAACGUCUUCACGCCCCGCAAGUCGCAGGCCAUGCUCAACUGCAUCGACGACCUCCUACAGCACCUCUUCAUUCUUGCUGGCGACACCAACGCCGACGUGCGCCGGCAGGUAUGCCGCGCAUUUGUCCAGUUGGUUGAGACCCGCCCAGACAAGCUCCAGCCGCAUAUCUCUGGCCUCGUCGAUUACAUCAUCACCCAGCAGCAGAGCGAUGACGAGGAGCUGGCCUGCGAGGCCGCCGAGUUCUGGCUUUCCGUCGGUGAACACGAUGAGCUCUGGGCCGCGCUCGGACCCUACAUCCAGAAGAUCAUCCCCGUCCUGCUCAAGUGCAUGGUGUACAGCGGUGACGAGAUCGCUCUCCUGGGCGGCGCAUCAGAUGACGAGGACGAGGAUGACCGAGAGGAGGACAUCAAGCCGCAGUUUGCCAAGAAGAACUUGAAGCGCAAUGUCAACGCUGAGGCUUCCACAGAUGCCGCGCAGAACGGUAACGCAUACGAGAAGCUGGCCAACAUGGACGAGGAUCUCGAGGAGGGCGAGAUCGACGACGACCUCGAUGAUGGUGACGAGAACCCUGACGAGAAGUGGACCAUUCGCAAGUGCUCCGCCGCCGCCCUCGACGUGUUUGCGCGCGACUUUAGGAAUCCCGUGUUCGAGUGCAUUCUACCGUACCUCACCAGCAACCUCAAGCACGAGGAGUGGCCUUACCGUGAGGCAGCCGUCCUCGCGCUUGGUGCAGUCGCCGAGGGCUGCAUCGAGGCCGUUAAGCCUCAUCUGCCGGAGCUUGUCCCCUAUCUCAUCAGCCUUCUCGAGGACCCCGAGCCUGUCGUUCGACAGAUCACUUGCUGGACCCUGGGAAGAUACUCCUCGUGGGCAGCCGAGCUGACUGACCCCGUGCAGAAGAGCACCUACUUUGUGCCGAUGAUGGAGGGUAUCCUCCACAAGAUGCUGGACAAGAACAAGAAGGUGCAGGAAGCGGGAGCCUCUGCAAUGGCGAACCUGGAGGAGAAGGCGGGCAAGACGCUGGAGCCCUACUGCGGUCCCAUAAUACAGCAAUUCGUGCGAUGCUUCGGCAAGUACAAGGACCGCAACAUGUACAUCCUCUACGACUGCGUCCAGACGCUUGCCGAGUGCAUCGGCCCCUUCCUGGCGAACCCAGAGCUUUCUGGCCAGUUGAUGCCGGCCCUGAUAGACAGGUGGCAGAAGGUGACCGACCAGUCGCGCGAGCUUUUCCCGCUCCUUGAGUGCCUCUCCUAUGUUGCGAUGGCACUGGGCGACUCCUUUUCACCUUAUGCCCAGCCCAUCUUCAGACGAUGUAUCAACAUCAUCCAUCAGAACUUGGAGCAGUCACUGGCAGCUGCCAGCAACACGACCUUUGACCAGCCGGACAAGGACUUCCUUGUCACCAGCCUGGAUCUCCUUAGUGCCGUCAUUCAGGCUCUGGAGGACAACAAGGCCAGUGAGUUGGUCACCGAUACACAGCCAGCUUUCUUCGAGCUGCUGAGCUUCUGUAUGGAGGACCCUGCCGACGAGGUCAGGCAGUCUGCCUAUGCUCUGCUUGGCGACUGUGCUCGUUUCAUCUUCCCCCAACUCCAGCCUAUGUUGAACACACUCUUCCCUAUCCUGCUGAAGCAGCUCGAUCUGGAUAACAUCCUUGACGAGGAGAUCGACGCAGGAUUCAGCGUGGUAAAUAACGCGUGCUGGAGUGCUGGAGAGAUUGCCAUGCAGCAUGGAAAGGACAUGGCGCCGUAUGUCCAGGAGCUGCUGCAGCGAUGUGUCGAGAUCAUUUCCAACCCUCGCGUGCCCAAGGGUGUCAACGAGAAUGCGGCCAUCGCCCUUGGCCGGCUUGGCCUCGAGAACUACGAGCAGCUCGCCCCGCACCUGCCGACGUUUGCUGAAGAGUUCCUGAACUCGAUGGAUGACGUCGACCCCUCCGAGGAGAAGGCUACCGCCUUCAGGGGCUUCACCAUGGUCGUGGGCCAGAACCCUCAGGCCAUGGAGAGCGUGUUGCUGCAUUACUUCAACGCGAUCGCGCGCUACCGAGACAUCAAGCUGCGCAACCCCGCUAAGCACGAGCUCCAUGAUGUCUUCCAGAAUGCCAUCAACGUCUACAGGCAAAUCAUUCCUCAAUUUGACGAUUUCAUCAAGCAGAUGGAUCCUCAGGAUCUCGAGGUGCUGAAAGCCAACUACACGAUUUGA